GAAUUGGGUCCAAGUUGACUUGAGAUCCCGUGGCCUCCAUGCAACCCAUGGAUUUGACCCAGGUUGUCGUAGACACUCAAGAUCUUUGCAAAGACGAUGGGCCCAUUCAAAUGGUUCCCCACAGUUGCCUGAGGAACCGUGAGGGUUUUCUGAAGAUCCUUGGAGCAGAAACAAAUCACACACAAAUGUGGUCUGUUCAGAUUUGAUGGCAUCUCGUUGAAACGAAUGUUUCAUUUUCCCAAUGGACACAUAACUGUACUUUUCUGUACUUGUACAAUCUCUCAUCAGCCUAAAGAAGAAGAAAAGACUCCUUUUGUUGUCUCUGGGUGUUGUUGCCCUUUUAAUUUCUGCAGAAACAACUUGAACUGAAAGAGGAGAAAGAAGGAGGCACCCUGUGGAUAGAGGGAGAGAAAAAAAAAGACCAUGGCUGAAAGUGACCCAAAAAAUCUACCUGGGAGCAGUUCCGGACAUGAUUAUGGUACAUUUGGAUCCUCACGUAGGAAAAAAUUUGAGGCAGCUAUUUCUGAAGGGAAGCUCACUGAGGCCCUCUCUUACAUUCUAGACCAACCGAGCAAGUCGUUUGAAGAUUUUCCUCUCCACGUUGCUGUGGUAGGAGAACCAGAUGCCGGGAAGUCCUCCUUCAUCAACACCGUGCAGAGCCCUUAUCUGGAUGAGCCCGAUGAAGCUGCGGCCGAUGUUUCUACAAAAACAGACGUCCCAGAUCGCACAAAGGUAGAAUUUGGUCAGGUCAAAUUUUCAGAGAUCACAUGGAACAAAGAAUUACUUCGGGCGGAAGAUGCCGAUGGCAAGGAGGUAGACUUAAAGGACUUCCAUUACUUCAUCAUAGUAGGCCCCCGGAUUUUCCAGGCCAUUCCUUGGGACCUUGCGCUUAAGAUCCAAAAAAUGGACAAAGAGUUUUCUCUGGUUCAAACGAAGGCAGACCUGCAGUUGGAGGAAGCUAAGAAGCUACAACCAUCUAAGGAUGGUGAGGAGGAUCUCUUCCUCCCCGUAGAUUCCUGCAGGGAGUCCUUGAGAAAUAAAGGGGUGAAAGAACCUCACGUCUUUGCCGUUUCCAACAAGGAGCCCCGCCGCUUUGAUUUCCCCUCUCUGCGGGAAACCUUGACGAGCGAGUUCUUGUGGAAGAAGAUUCUUGCUGUCCUUUCUCCUAUUUUGGAAAGGAAGGUGGGCAAAAUGAAGAAAAACAGCUGGUUGCUCACGGUUCUGUCCGGAUUUAUAGCUGGGAUCCCCAUCCCAGGAAUUGCAUUCGUAGGGGGGCUUAUCAUCCUCUUUAGAUUUGGUUCCUGGUGCCGCCGUAAAUUUGGCGUGGAUGACACGUCUCUCUCCAAACUUGCCAAGUUCAUUAAAGUGGUCCUCCCACACCUGAAAUCGAUGGUGACCUCCCAGUCCAAAAAGAAAAUGGUUUUACAGAGGCUGCCAGAUUCCCUGGGAUCGUCAGUGAUGCUUGCAGAAUAUUUCUACUGGGACCGUUUCCCCAUCAUCGGCUGCAUAUUGUCGGUAGUAAUUUCACUUGUUUCCUCUUUCUUCACCCUGAAGAAACUUCCGUCAGAUGUUAAGAAAGACACCCAGAAUAUUGUAAUUGCAGCUAUCAAACCGAAGAAGACAGACCCUGAAAAUUCAAAAACUAUUAUUGACCUGAGAAUAUUAAAAAAAAUGCCAGCUUUCAAAUCCUUGGAUGCAGUUCCAAAAAUUACUGCAGAUUGAGGGCUGUUGUUUUUAGGAAUAACCAGGGGUGGGCUGCUGGGGGUUUGGGAGAACCCCUAGCUAA